CUCUCGCAAAUCACCAACACUGAAGAUCAAUAGCCCGGUUUUUGUUAAAUUGACUCUGUGCCUCGACCCUUGGCACUGUAGUUGACGGCAACUGUGUUCGACGCUUCUACACUGUAUAGGGAGCACCCCGACACUGCCUCAGUCUGCCUGCACCAACCACCCGACGUCACACGCGUUUGGAGCGAACACUCUCAUCAACAUAGAGUCGUUGACUCGAUGUCUCCGAGUCCGCCUCCCACAACUCGCUUACUCAAUCCCUUGAACUUCUUUCCCGCUAUCUUAGCAACCGCUUCGUUCACCCUCGCUACCUUACCGAGUUCGCAACUCAGUUCGCAACUCCGGACCGCCGGCCGAAACCUCAGGACCCUUUACACCGACUCUGAUCCCAUCUCCGUCCUCAGGCCUUGCUUGCAUUGACAACCACUCUCCCCGCAUCUUCGCCCUCGGCAGGAAAAGCAACACCUCAACCACCCUGCAACAUGGCGAACAUGGACACAACUUGUCCCGGCAACGCGAUCCCGGAGGUCAUCAACCUCCCAAUUCCCCAAAACAUCAACGUCUUCGUGACGACCGGCACCAAUGCGUCGUACCAGCCCAUGGGGGUCUGUUGCCAGCCCAACGUCGUUCAGGUCGCCGACAGGUGCUGGCUGUGGUGCGAGGUACCCAGGUCUUACUUCAACGGCACCGAUGGGAAUGGCGCAGGCCAUAGAAUUUCAUCUUGCGUGGCGCGCAUGGGGAGGGAACUCAACGAUCCCAGGCAGAGCUCGACUUUUCAAAUGAACACGGCGGCGGCUCGGCCUGGGAUGGGCUCUCUCAAGGAAAUCGGUCUCUGGGUACUAGCCUUGUCUGGAUUCGUUUACGUGUUGUGACAGGUUGAAGUUGCUGGAGAUGGGGGAACAAUGUCACAUUUUUUAGUCGUCUCGGGACAUGAUCUGGUUGAAAUUUAGGCUCUUGCCAGUCGCUGCUCAGCAGCCUCAGCUGGUGCAUACAUGUAUUCUCCUGACAAAUUUCACUUGCACAGCUCAUUUCUGGC